UAAUCCCAACUACAAACACGGAUAAAGUGAAACGGGCGGUGAAACGAAUUUCAUCAAAUGCAACAAUUCUCAUUGUCCUAUCACUCGAUAUACACGAGAAAUUGGCGGGUAGUUGGAGCAAUUUGGGUCCUGUGUGGAUUAUGCACAACAGUAUUACAAACAUUGGCUCUGAUACAUCCCACAUGGAUUGGAAGUGAUGAAGGCGGUUAUUUUGGGUUAUAUGACUACUGUGGAACCAGUGAAUGUCCAUGGAGCCCGUUUAGAGUUCGACCACUCAGUAUGUGGUUUGAAAUUUCAGCGUUUUUGGUGCUAGCAGCCACUGUUUUAAGUUUUUUGGCAAUAUUUUCAAUUUUGCUCCUGGUGCUUCUUCGAGAUCGUCACGCUUUUAUUUUAUGUUCCUGGCUUCACUUUUUUGCCUUUGUCUUCAUGCUCGCCGGAUGCGUCCUCUACCCAUACGGCUGGGAGAAUCCACGUGUCCGUGAGAUUUGCGAAUCGAAAAAGUAUCAACUAGGCCUGUGCCAAAUCCGUUGGCCAUACUUAUUGGCUAUGGUGCUCGUGUUUGACCAGUUGUGUCUGUGCUGUCUAGGAUUCGCGUUGGCACUUAAAAAACCACCAAAGAUUCCAGAACUGAGCUCAUUGACAGGACCAACUGUAAUCAGCAACACCAUUCAACCGGUCCCUCGUCCACGUAAAAUGUCCCUCCAAGACUCUUUCUAUUCACAUUCCGGAUCUCGUCUAGAACUUUAAAUAUAUGUUUUUUUUUGUUUAAUAUCAAAAAUCUCUAUUCAGAAUAUAUUUACACGACUUUUUCUCACAAUGAAGUUGAUCUAAUAAAUUACAGUACUAUA